CGGCCGACAGGUCGUACAAGAGGUUCAUUCAUGCAGGGUCGCUCUGUACACAAUGUACGCAUCGAACGCCUCUGGAGGGAUGUCGGCCUGAAGGUGACCAGGAAGUACGCACGCACCUUCGAGCUCUUGGAGAAGUCAGGCGUCCUUGACCGCAACGACCCAAUACAUCUAUUCUGCCUCCACUACGUCUAUCUUCCACAAAUCAACUACUCUCUCGAUCUAUUCCGAGAUAGUUGGAAUUACCACGGGAUGAGCUCAAAGGGACUGGGCGGUGCUAGUCCUAUUCAGCAAUGGGUGGGAGGUAUGUUUCUAUCUCCCUGCGACGAACCUCCGAAACUUAUUAAUUAA